AUGCAGAAUAAACAUCUGGGGUGGUUGGUGGCCGGGCUGGUGCUUUUAGCAAUCUCUGCAGUGUUUGCAGACGGUGAAAUAUGGGAGGAGAAAGACCAUGAAGUACUCAUUCGCAACGAAAGGGGCGCUAAAAAUAGAGAGACAUGCCGGUACGUACGGGGCUCGUGGUCGGACUGCGACCCAAAAUCGAAUGUACGUUCCCGAACACUGACUCUCAAGAAAGGCGACCCUGCAAGCUGUGAACGAUCCAAGACAAUACAAAAGAAAUGCAAGAAAGCUUGCCGCUAUGAAAAGUCAUCUUGGAGUGAAUGCAACCCCAACGGCGAGAUGACCCGUACCGAUAUGCUGAAGGCAAACAGUGACCCUACGUGCGACCAGAGCCGUCGUGUCACUAAGAAAUGCAAUAAGAACAAACAAGUGAAAUCUACUAAGGACAAGGGUCGCCGAAAUCGUCAGUAA